AAAUAUAUAUUUAUUUCUCAUUGUUGUAGACGGUACAUUUGGUAGCAGGUGUUGUUAAAUAAUAAAAUGUUUUCUAAUAGUGAUUCAAUUGUUUUUGUUAAGAUGCCUAUAUCGUCGCUCAGUUUGAAGUCAGGUGCUUCUCAAAGGGUGUCUUGAACACUAAAUCAAUUAUUUAAAUUUUAAUUUAUUUAAUAUAUUUUAUAGUUACGUAUUGGUUAUUAAUUCUUAAUGUUGGCAGUAUCAGUCUCUUAUCAUUCUGCUCGUGAUAAAACACACUUAAGUAUCAUAUCGUUUUUAAUAUAACUGCUGUGUCGUCGAUUAUUUGAUUAUAUAUAAAUAUAUAUUAUAUACUAUAACUUAACAAUACUUGCAAUUUAAUUAAUAACAAAGAUGGCAUCGUCUGAUCCAGAAAUUAAGGAUGGAUUUACUCUACCUGUCUGGAUGAAAAGUAAGCCAACAAAGGAAUUUACGCCGUUCGCUUCAUCUCCCCCAGCUCCUGAAGAUUCAUUCUUUUACAUUCGUUAUCCGAAGACAGAUGCAUUGUUGGGUAAACCUAAAUUCAGCAACGAACUCCCGAAGGUUCUGAUCGAACAACACAACGAAGUCGCAGCGACGGCAACGUACAGUGUUGUCAAGGAGAAGGAUUGGUCGAAACACACGAAGCCCUGCCAAGAAGUCCUGCACGGCAUUGCACCAAUUAAUACAGCUGUUAAAUCAAUAAAUGCUAAACCCAAGCCCGCUGGCACAGACGAUGGUUUCAAAGGUGAGGGGGCGGCGUGCGGGAGUUCUGUCGUCAAGGUUGCACACCAAAUGAUCCAGACUCGUUCUCCCCGCGGCUUCACAGUGGCGACCCCCGCGGAGGAGGGACCCGAGCUCAAUCCGAAGGUGUUGGCUCGUCGCGGCAGCAAGAGUCUGCCCGCCACCCCGGCACACUCGCCCCCCUCCAGUCCCACGUCGCGCAGGAGGAUGAAUGGUAAUCGGUUCUUCACGUCGCCGUUCGAGCCGGCGGAGGAGGGCGGCGCGCGCUCGUGGCUGGCGGCCGCGCUGCUCGGGUGCAAGAAGGAGCGCGCCGCCUCCACGCACGCCCUCGCCGAGGGGGACGCGCUCGACGGCAGACUGCACAGUGGAUCGCUAGCGGAGUCAGUAGAGAGCCUCGGCCCGUCUCCGAGAGGCGAACCGAAAAUGUUAUCCAAUGAGACAAGUCAGCAGUCCAAGUUCACGAAACCGGCGCAGUCCUUCCGCCCGAAGCCGACAGAACUCCGAGAGAUGAACUUCUGGUCACCGACGUCAAUGUGAAGUGAUUCACUUAAUCUAUUUAUCUUGUUUGGAUUUACUCUUACUCCCACAACGGCAGACAUGGAGUCGUCUGUGUGGGUUUUGACAAUUUGACACUCUUUUAAGUUGAUUUAGUGGUCUUAUUAAUAUGGAAAAGUUUUCACUAUUCGUGCUUGCUAGGUAUAACAGCUGCAGUUAGAUUCUGUUAGUGAAUAUGUUAUAAAAACAGUUUAUUUCUUAGAUAUACUGCAGUUAAUCUGUAUGAUCUGUGUGACCGCGAUGAAGUUGUUAUAUAUAUUAUAUAAAUUCUGUAUAUCUGCAAUCCGAAGAUAUAUUGCAUCAUAUUCUUUUCUAUUUAUAUAUGAAAUUUCGACAUUGAUUGAUGACCUCCUUUAUCUUUAUACUCAAAUAUCAACAAUGUAUAUCUUGUCUUUGUUAUUUUCAAGAUUUUUUUAUCACUUAUUGGGUUUAGUGUAACAGAUGGAACAUAUGGUUCUUAUCCAAUCUCAGGUUCAAAUCUGGAAUGGUACCACUGAGUUUACAUGUAAUUUGUACAUGUACAGUUCAAAUUAUGUAUUGAAGAAAACUUCGUAUUAGAUGAUUUUAACGCGGAAACUUUCAUUAACUGCUACUCUAUAUACGACUUAGAGUUGCUUUACACGGUGUCAGCCCAACAGUUUUCAUUUUCUGAUGACAUCACAAUACAUGACGUCACAACACUUGUGACCGACCUGACAGUGACAAUGUCUGGGUAAUGUGUUGUGAGCGAAUAUUAUCAUACAUAUACAUCUUCUGUUGAUCUGACCGAAUAUGAACCCGGUCUAAGGAUUUUUAAUUUUAUUUAUUUAUUUAUGAAAGGUUUGCUAGCGGACUUUACAUAAAUAAUCUUAAUAAAUUAUGUACUAAAACUAGAAACAUUUUAUGUAACCCAAGUGAAAGCAAACACUGCAUGAAACUGGGGUUAACUAUCUUAAUAUUAAUAAUAAAUAUAUAUACAAAAAAAUACUGAAAUACGUCAGAAUGGCAUGCAAUACAUAUUUUCAAAUAGUACAGUUAUCCCUACAAAGGUUAUUAGGCUGCUUCCUAGCCAUACCAAGAACUCGAAGUCUGGCAAGUUUAAGAAAUAUGAUGCACAUUUAAAUAAUAACUGAUUGUAACUGUAGUAUAACCCACAUAGCAUGUAUUCAACCUUAGAAAUUAAAGUUUCAGUGUGUCUAUAAUCAUAGGUCCACAUUAUCAAUCCUUAAUGUAUGCUUGGGAUAACCAUCUCUUCCCCCUUGGUUUCAUACUCUCCUGACUCCACAUAAUUUAUUGUCAAAUUACACUUGUUAUACCUAUAGUUUACAAUAAUCUUCACCUCUUCUCUCUCUCUCUUUUUCUUUCAAAUCACCUCCAUUCAUGACAACAAUCAGUAUUGGCAGACUUUUAAAGACACAAGUAUAUAUUUACUCCUGCGUGCUGCGCCACGAUGUGAUUGGUUACACCAGCAAUGUAUAACAUCAAUGAACAGAAAUGUUUAUUUUUAAUAUUGUUUCGAUUACCUUUAGCAAGAUAUUAACAUGUGUAUUAAGAUUUAUGUUUAAAAUGAUAUUCCAUUAAUGUUAAGAAUCAUCGAUGUACAUGGCAAUACUAUAUGCUUAUUGUUGACAUUUAUUUUAAACACUGUAAUACUUUCGACUGAAAUAAUUAGAUUGAUAAUAAUUUAUAAUAAUUCUUCUUGCUUUUAAAUUAUGUUUUGAAUUUGUUUAAAUUUUUUCUUGAAAUAAUAGAAACAAUAAUUAUAUAUUGUUUUCAAUAUUUCACAAUUUGAGUUCUUACCGAAUAGUAGAAUCUACAUUCCAAACUGGUAGCUUUAAUUCCUGUAACAUAACGAUUCAAAGUUGCUUUUAUGCGCCUACUUAAAUAAAGAAUUGUUAUGCUGAAAAAUGUUUAUGUAGAUAAAGUCAAAUAAGUGUUUGCGAGGAAAGUCAAGUUAUUUAUCUAAUUAUAUCGGUCAAAGGUAACCAUAUAUUUUAAGCUUAGGAUUUAUCCUUGUAAGUUUACUUUACUUUAUUAAGUGUAUGAUAAGUAAUAAUAUGUAUACAUAUGAAAUAUAUUAUAUAUAUUCUUCUUGCAUGCUUUUUAAUAAAAAGUAAUGAAAGUAAAUAAAUAGGAGCCCGUAUCACUCGAAAAUAAAUAUGUAGCAAAUAUUAAUAGAUUUGCAUACAGCGUUUCUUAGAGACAAAAAGAAUUUUGGCACGAGUCUAUAAACUUAAUAUCGAUUAUAUUUUUAUACUAUGUGAUAUAUAAUUUGUGUAUAUUUUAUUAGUAUGACCCUUUAGAAUAGUGUGAUUCUUUAUUCGUCAAUGUAAUGUACCGAAAUUGUCUAACGUCAUCAAUCUCAUUUAAAAAUACCGCCUUUUUGUUAUUAUAAAAUAUUUAUAAAAAAACUUUUUUUUUUCAUUUGAAUGUCAAUGUAAUAAAUGAAAUUAAUUUUUACUUUUAAGAAGACCAUAUGAGCUUGUACUUUAAAAAAAAUUGGCUUAGUUCGUAAUAGUAGCUCGUUCGUAGUAUUAAACGUAGCUUCAUCAGACCUUUAUUUUUAUUUUAAGUACGGAGAUUUUUGUCGUCACAUAAAUAACAUGAGAUAAUAAUUAAGUCAUAAUUUUUUUAAGUAACGAGUAUUCUGAAUUUGGUCAAUGUUUUAAGUAACUUUUAAUAUUACUUAUUUCGAGUGUAUAAACACAUUUUCAUUCUAGUUACCUUCUUAUUUAUUGAUACAUAUAUAUUUAUUAUGUAUUGAUGCUAGAUGUGAUUUAUCUAGAGCAGUAAUAAUACUUCAAUUAAUGAUGACAGACUUUUAGCAGUUUGUUUGCUGUUAAUAAAAAUAAAUAAUCAUUUAACCUAAUAA